GACGACGCGGCAGCGUACGCGGAGGCCGGCAAGCCCUUUCCGUCCACAACUCACGACGGACUGGCCGUCGCGACCUUCGGCGGCGGCUACUUCUGGGGUCUGCAGCUCGCGUUCGACCGGGAGCCCGGCGUCGUCGACUCGGUCGUCGGCUACACGCACGGCCACGCCGAGCGGCCGACGUACGCGGACGUGUGCGACGAAACCACCGGCCACACGGAGGCCGUGCUCGUGAAAUAUUCGCCGGAAAUCGUGUCGUUCGCGCGCCUCGCGGCCGUGCUGUUCGACGUCGUCGGCGAUCCCACGACGCUCAAUCGCGUCGGCCGCGACCGCGGCACGAACUACAGGACGGGCAUGUAUUGUCACAGCGACGCGCAGCUCCGCGACGCCGAGGAGGCGUUCGAUGUCGAGGACCGGUCCUGGCAAUCCAGCGGUCGAAAAGUCGUCACAGAGGUGAAGCGCGCCGCGGUCUUCUGGCCCGCGGAGGCCGUCCACCAGCGCUACCUGGAGAACGGCGGCCGCUUCGGCCGGCCGCAGUCGGCGGCCAGGGGCUGCACGGACGAGAUACGCUGCUAUGGG